UAGUAACAGAUGUCGGUUAUCGAUUGAGGAACUCUAGGGCGACCGUUAAAUGUUAGCCAACAGCCGUUGCCGAAUAGCCACUCAGCAACGCCCUUGGUUUAAAAUUAACUAUAAAUUACAAAUGGGUUUGUGAAUAAGGAUGGCAUAGGCUGUAGGUUGUUAUUUAUAUACAGUCUAUGGUUGUAGGGCCUGAAACGUUACCUCGGCGCUCGUUGGUUGUUUCUGUCCGACUACAUCACAUGAUCCGAGGCUGCCCAUGGAUCAUUUGCCUGUUAGCAGCUAGCUGCGUUAGCACCGAGCCUUUGGGGUUCACCAGGAAACACUGCGAGCUGACGUUAUAUCGAGCCACGCCAGGGCGAGGAGCUGUCAAACAAAUGCAUUAAUAUUAUCUCAGACAUUUCGUGUUUUUGUUUCUCGUUGACCCAUUAGCUGACUGACCCAAACUGUAAGGAAACUGCUGUGUUACAGCUGGUUGAUCGUUACCUGCAUGGCUGCUCACAUCAACAUUAAACAUAUGAGCAUGUGACCGAGGACGAGUGUCUACAGCACAUGAUCUGGACAAGAGGAGGAGGCCAAAAAUCAAUCAGGGGUAAUUUAUUUCAAAGUGGUCGAUCAGGAGUGAAUAGCCAUGACAACAAAGACAUCCCUGCUCAAAGUCAUUUUGCUGGGUGAUGGUGGUGUAGGAAAAAGCUCCCUUAUGAAUCGCUAUGUUACCAACAAGUUUGAUGCACACCUUUUCCACACCAUUGGCGUGGAGUUCCUCAACAAGGAGCUGGAGGUAGAUGGCCACCAGGUUACCCUACAGAUCUGGGACACUGCUGGCCAGGAGCGCUUCCGCAGCCUGAGGACUCCUUUCUAUCGUGGCUCUGACUGCUGCCUGCUCACGUUCAGCGUAGAUGACAGCCAGAGUUUUCUUAAUUUAGGCAACUGGAAGAAGGAGUUCAUCUACUACGCAGAUGUCAAAGAGCCAGAGAAGUUCCCGUUUGUUGUCUUGGGCAACAAACUGGACGUGACAGAAAGGCAGGUGUCUGCAGAGGAGGCUCAGCAGUGGUGCCAGGAGAAUGGUGACUUCCCAUAUUAUGAGACCAGUGCUAAGGAUGCCACCAAUGUAGCACAGGCUUUUGAGGAGGCAGUGCGUAGAGUGCUGGCAUCAGAGGAAAGAACGGACCACCUCAUCCCCACAGAUACAGUCAAGCUGCACAGAAAGCCUCGCUCUGCUGCCACAUGCUGUUCAUAACAUCCAGGAGUUCUCACUAACAUUCAUUUGCUGUUAUGCCUGUUGUGUGAUGAGGCUGUAGGUUUACAAUGCUGUAGUAACAACUUAUUUAAAGAAAUAAUGCUACUGCCUUUAUGAUUUGUUGUACUGUUGAAGGUUUAAUAAUGCUAAUACUAGUCUGACUUCUGUUUAAAGAGAAAGAGAGGAAACACUAAAUUCAUCCCAGUCAAAUUACAAUUAAACAUUAAAUCCUUGAAUCAUUCCCUCAGCUCAGAGGCAGUUCAAGACUACCUGAGCAGAACUAAACAUCUCAAAUGAUGUAACAGAUAUAUGUGAAAAGUUUCACUUCCCUAAAAUAUUCAAUGUUCCUUUCUGUCAUGGAGGAAAUUAUGUGACUCCUAAAACGUCUUUAAGAGUACAAUCAUCAUAUGGUUUCACUCCUAAAUGUAAAAAUACAGAUAAGAGUGAUUGCCUAUAUAUUUAUUUUCACAAUAUAACUGCAUAAUUAAUAACUUAUACAGUCCAAGAACAUGUUUCUGAGAAUUAUGAAGUAGCUAAGGCACUACUAUGUGUAACUAACAAAUUGAAGCUUGUCGUGAUUACUGCACCUUUAGGGUUUUUUGUGCACAUUCUGCUUAGUGAAUAGAUAAUGUGCUGGAAGCACUGAGGGACAAAAUCCCCAACAGAAGAUAAAUAUCAAAGCAAAGUUAACAUGCAUGGCAUACAGUGUAUUUAAGUUUCUAAACAAUUUUUGUAUUUUGUAAACUGUUUUUACCUUAAUCACUGAAUCAGUAAUUUUGCUUUGAGGGAAGUGUAAUGAAAUGGCAGUCAUGAUUGGGUUAACCUUUUUCCUCAUUCUUGGGUUUAUUGUUUUGAAUGAUGAUUUUGUUCCUUUAAAGCACUAUUUACAUUUUUUUAUACUUACCGUUCAAAGUCUUUCCACACAGCUUAAUAUUUAAACUGGUGAGCCAUUCAUUUAUCUUGAACUGUUUCUCAUUCAUAUUUCAAUUAUAUUCAAAGCUGUACUACUGGUAUGCAAAAUGAUAAAUAAACCCCCUGAGAAUUGU